AUGACAAAAAGACUCAACCGGGGAGCUGAAGCCCUUUGCAAGGAAAAAGAUUGUGUUAACGGCUUCCUUCUAGGACCAGGUUGCAAAUACCUAAGUGAAGGUUGCCUUAUUCUUCUAUCUAGUUAUCCAGAAAUGAAUUAUCAUCUUGUCCAGUCUCAGAUCAACAGCCUUAACCUGCCUGUCAUUGUGGCAUGGAUUGGACAUUACUUGACAGAUUUUGUCCGACAGCGUGCACAGCGAGGACUACCUGUCCUUUUUUAUGACUGGUGGCCAAGCCCCCUGACUCUGAACCACAACUUCACUCAGAUCAAAUUCCCUUCAUGCCCCUAUGAUCCGGACCCUGUCUACUGCAACUUCAAGCUGAACCAGCUGACAAAGAUGACAUCUCCAGCCCUGGCAACUGUUGCCCCGCAGGCUUAUGAAGCUGUGUCUCGCAUGUCUUUCACCCAAGAUGAAUAUGCAGAUUUGCUACAGUUUUACAGUAACGCUAAAAGUUUACGACCCAGUAUUCGUGCUAGUAAAGUGGCUUGCAGCUGGGUAAAGGAACAUGAAAACAUUUGGAAACAAUGGUUUCCCAAAAAUAUUUCAACUCGAAAGAAAAUCUAUCUUGGUGGAUUAUUUCCUCUUAGUGGACCCUUUUGGACACAACCUGGCCUUGUACAGAGUGAGUACCCAUCCACACUUUCUUUUCUUCUGGUUCUAUUGAAUAACUAUUAA